AUGAUGCUAUCUUAUGUAUAUUUAUUACUCACACUAAUUGUACCCAUUUUUGCCGAUCCAUCCAUGGAGGAGUUGGAAGGUACAUGGACUUCAAAAUCAAAUACUGUUUUUACAGGACCAGGUUUCUAUGACCCUGUCGAUGAGUUGUUAAUAGAACCAGAUUUGCCUGGUAUUUCCUAUUCAUUCACCAAAGAUGGUCAUUAUGAAGAAGCACUCUAUCGUGUUACCAGUAAUGCCAGAAAUCAUUCAUGUCCAGUUGCUUCAAUCACUUACCAACAUGGAACAUAUGAAAUUCUUAAUAAUGGAUCAGUUGUUUUGACUCCUAUUGCAGUUGAUGGAAGACAAUUGUUAUCCGAUCCGUGCAACCAAGAUGAUCCAUCCAAAUCCACUUAUUCUAGAUAUGUACAACCAACAUGGUUUAAAACUUAUCAAAAAUAUGUUGAUCCAUACCAUGGUAGAUGGAGAUUACAAAUCUAUCAAUUUGAUGGAUCCAAGAUGCAACCAUUAUAUUUGGCUUAUAAACCACCACUUAUGUUACCUACUGAAGCACUUAAUCCAACUGAUUCAGCCAGUGAAACUGCAUCGACUUUAUCAGGAAGUAGUAGCAAUAGCAAAAAGAAGAGAAGUCUUUUGGAAGUUAGAUCCAAUUUGAAAAGAUCCUUGGAAAAUUCUUACAGAACUACUGCUGUUAAGAGAGGACACGAUGAUUUAUUUGACAUGUAUUGGUGGAUGAGUGUUGGUUGUUUGGGAUUGGCAUCAGGAUUCUUUUUCUUGAAGAAUUGA